GAAUCAUUCCGGUUCGUGACUUUUGUACGCGUGUCCCAAUAUCCCGAUCACUUUCCCUGCGUCUCGAAGGUACCUGUUUUUUCCGCCAUAGCUCACCGGCGGUCCAAAACUCGAUCUAAGAGGUACUUAGAUUACGAGGACGACUAGGUUGCGUAGCCGCGGUGGUGCUGGUGCAGUCAGUCAAGUCCCCUGAGUGGAGUGAGACUCGCCACCCCCCCCCUCCGCAACGAUGAGACCGAACGGAAGCCUCUCGGCCCUGGUCGCCGGCGCGCAAUCGAUCUCGACGCGACGAUUAAUCCUCUUCCUCGGCGGGAUCCUCGUGCUCUCGACAACACUGCUACUCUUCACGUCCGUGAACCUCUCCACCGAGUCGCUGAGAACCGUCAGUCUCGAGAUUCCCGACAGUAUCAAGGGGAAACUCCAUGUUCCCACCGUGUUCAAGCCCGCUACACACACGCCCCCGCCGCCGGCUAAAAACUCGACCGCUUCCACCGAGGGUUGGUUUGCCAGCUGGAGCUGGAUGAACCCAUUCUCCUCCGGUCAGGGGGAUAGAAUUGCGCUCCCGCCAAUCGAGAGGUGCUCGAUCUACACUUACUAUGAGCCCCCGGAGGAUAAGGUGCAGGCGGUCGUGGAAGACAAGAUGCUGCUUGCGUGGAGACGAGUGUGGUGGGCGUAUGGGUUCAAGCCCAUGAUCUUGGGUCCGGCAGAGGCGAAGACCAGUGGAUUCUAUGAGAUGGUCAACAGAGCGCCGUAUGUGCCGGCGAUGAAGAAGGAAUUGAUGAGGCUGUUGGCGUGGAAUUAUGUGGAUGCGGGUAUCUUGGUCAAUUACAGGGUACUCCCGAUGGGCCCCCACGACGACGAUACCAUUUCUUCUCUCCGCCGCUGCAAGUUCGUCUACAUGAACCGCUACAAGAACUUCGACCAGAAGCUGUACAGCUCCGACAAAGUAUCACUCAACAAGGUGCUGAUGUACGUCACCGAAAAUCCUCCGGCGGCAGACCAGAACGUCACGUCCGUCGAGGAAGUCAUCGCCAACCUCCCCAAGCCCGAGGAAUGGAUGCGAGAAGGCUCCUACCCGGCUGCAUUGGCAGACUACACUCCAGAGGUCGUAGCCGAUAAAUACAAAGACCUCGAGCCCGCCCAGCUCCCGGGCCUGGUCAACGCACACCUGCACAGCACCUUUCUCUCGCACUACCCGGACGGAAUGCUCCUCCUCUCGCCAUUCCCGGACAAGUUCGGCGCACUGCACCAUCCCGCGCUGGAGCUGGCCAAUCGUAUCGCUUCCUGCCCGGUCAACAACCCGCUCCCGGAAUCCUGCCCACCAAACCUGCGCAAAUGCACGCCAUGUAAGAAACCCGCCGCAAUUAGCAGCCCCGACCACCUGGAAGAGACCACGAAGUCGUUCACACUGGGCACCAUCCCGCACCCCUUUACAACGAUCGAGCUCGCCAACGACGACGUCUCGCUCAUGAACGACCCGGAGAAGACGCUGCUGCGGUACAUCCGGCGCAAGUCCGUGCGCGACCCAUGGAUCAAAGAGGUGACCAAGAGUCCGUACAUGAAAUCGGGGCUCGGCAGUCCUCCACGCGCAUCCAAGAUCAAAGAGCUCGUGGUCCCCAAGCUGGGCUCAAAGUUCCUCUCCAUCUGGAGCACGGACAAGGAAGGCUUCAAAGACACGGAAUGGACCCUCGGCUUCGUCCCGCCUACCCUCAAGGAGCUGAAGCUGCAGCUCCCCGGCGCCCAGGGAAAUCAGAAGAAAAAACUCUACAAUGCCAAAAUGGCGAAUGUCCGUGGCAAGAAUAAGAUCAUCGGCUUCGUCGAGGGCUGGAAUACCGGUGAUACAGAGGUGUGGAAGUUUGUCAAUGCGUGGAGAGAACGGAGGGUGCUGGAACGCAGCAAGUGGACGGCUGCCGAGAAGAAGUAUGGGCAGGGUCUUGACAAGGAGGAACGGUAAUGUGAUGUGAUGUGCGAAUGUAUAUGGAUGGAGAAUUCGGGAAUAGGGGGAAUAGACAAUGGUUGGCGUAUCACUUUCCUAACUACCUUGCUUGAUUGCUUGCUUGCCUGUCUAUCGUCUGUCUGUCUGUCUGUCUGUCUGUCUGU